AAUGCUCAGGGGAUGAGAGUUCAAGAAACUUUACAUCUUUAUGAAAAUGUGAACGCUGACUUUAUCCGAGCAAGACUGAAUAGAUAUCCAGUUGCUUUGAUAGUGCAGGUGGAUGUUAAGUUUCUAAAGCUUGGACAGGAGGGGGUUUAUCACUUGCCAAAGAAACAUCCCAUAACAAAAGACACUCGUUUACACUGUAUGCUUCUCAUUGGUUAUGGAGUAACCAAGGAAGGGAAGACUUUUUUCAUUGGGCAAAAUUCCUAUGGUAAAGGUUGGGGGUGCAAGGGUUAUGCGAUAAUCAUUAUCGAUAAGAAAUGCGAUAUCGUUUGCCAAAAAGACUAGGUUGUCUUUUCCAUCUUUUUUUCUUUUUCUUAAGGAUGCUGAACCUUUGAAUACUUGAGUCCAAGUCUCUGGUUUUUUGGUUUCUUCUGUUGUGAACAGAGAAACAUAACUAAACGUGAUUUGAAUUUGAAUGCCUUUGUAUGUAAUCUGCAGUACUUUGGUUUGCGAAACCUGAAAUUUUCGUUUGUUUUAUGCAAAUCUAAGAUUAUCAGACUUUGAAUUGUGAUUCUUGUCAUGACCUGCAGUAUUUUGGCUUGUAAUU